AGGAAGUAAAAAAGGACGAGGAAGGAAGAAACGGGGUGUAACGAAGAAGAGUGGAAAGUGGAAGUGAUUAUUGAAGAGCAAGAUAGACGCAACAGAACAGAGUUAAAGGUGAAGGCCAAGAAUAAAGUGGUCUAAGCGCAGAGUGAAGCAUAGAAUCAAGGAAGGUGUGAAAGAAAACUCAAAAUUCCCCUGUGAAUAAGAAGAUCCCCUGUGAACAGACGGAGAGUUUGCACGUAGUAACAAAACAGCUGACGCACAAAAACACACACACACAUACUCGUCAAGAUGAUGUCCAGAAAGUUGGUCGAGGAAACACGUGAAGCCGGUUUCCGUGACGUGCCAGAUCACUUCAAGAUCAGCAACUACGGCUACGGGAAAGACAGCGUGAAAGUUUUGCACGUGGUUCGAAACGGUUUGGUACAUAGUAUUAAGGAGUUCGAGGUGGGAACCAAACUAAAGCUGUCAAGCCAGAAGGAUUACCUGCAGGGUGACAACAGUGACAUCGUGGCCACCGAUUCGCAGAAGAACACGGUCUACCUGCUGGCACGCAAGUAUGGACUCAAGACACCGGAAGAGUUCGGUAUCCUGCUGUGCAGUCACUUCCUGUCCAAAUAUUCGCACGUCAACGAAGUUUCGAUUCACAUCGAUGAGUAUCCAUGGUCCCGGAUGGGUUUCGGCAAAGGUCCAUAUCAGGAUCUUCACAACCAUGCCUUUGUGUUCACUCCGACUGCCGUCCGGUAUUGUGACGUCACGCAGAAGCGAGGUGAUCAAAUGCCCACGGUCAUCAGUGGUCUAGGCGAGCUUCGCGUCCUGAAAACAACCCAAUCGGCAUUCGUCAACUUUGUCAACGACGAGUACCGUUCCCUGCCGGAUCAGCACGAUCGCAUCUUCAGCACCGUGAUCCGCUCGUCGUGGCAGUACUCGACCGUAGCCGGUGUGGAUUUCGAUUUCUGCUGGAACAAGGUGAAACAAUGCAUCCUAAAUACGUUCGCCGGCGAGACGGAGAAGGGCAUCUUUUCGCCGAGUGUUCAGAAUACGCUCUAUCUGGCGGAGAAGUUGGCGCUGGAAAGCAUUCCGGAGAUCUCGUCCAUCGAUAUGACCAUGCCCAACAAGCACUACUUCAACUUUGACUUUAGCAAGUUUCCCAAGCUGAUGGAGGGGCAGGAACUGAAGGAGGAGACCGUCUACUUGCCGGUCGAUAAACCUGCCGGUAUCAUCUAUGCGCAAUUGGACCGCAAGUCGGUGACAAAGAGUAAGCUGUAGGGAGAGACUUAGGGUAGUUAAGCAAAUGAAAGAAUUUAAUAAUUCUCGAAUUUAUAAUGUAUUA